AUGGCGGAUGAGGACGUAGCGGAUGGGAAGCCAGCGGAUGGCGACAUACCGCAUGGGAACCCUGCGGAUGGCUGCGGGGGUGCGGUGAACGGCGAAGAAGGGGAACAUGGGGUGAGUGCGCCCAAUGCAAAGCAACCGGAGAAUGACACAGCUGUUGGGAAGCCGGACAAGGAAAGCAAAGCCUCAUUUGAUAUUUUCUCCUACCUACAUAAGGUGUAUGCAAAGUACGGGCUAUACGAAGAGGACAUGGAUAGGUUCCUCCUCUACGUCAAAAGAAGGAGAGCCAAGUUAAAAGCAAAAACUUUAUAUAAAAUGAAAAAAGUGGGAAAUAAAUACAUAACGAGAUUGUAUGAAACGGAUAAUGUGGAUGGAAAAUACCUUGAGUUGUUGCUCCUUGAUGUAGAGGCAUGUCGAUGUAGGUACAUAAAAAUAAAAACUGAUGUGAAUAAUUUAAAAGUACCAUAUAGGUCUACUUAUUGUUACUUGAGGAGAGUGAAGAGAGCUAUGGAUAAGGUGAAAUUUAUGAAUCACUCCGUGGAGUCCUCUGUGGAUAAAAACACCGAGUUACAAAUAAAGUGCUACAGCGCGUAUGUCCAAGCAGCGUACCUGUUGGAGGGGAAGAAAUAUGAGGAGGCCGUCUCAAAGGUGAGGGAGUUCACCAAACUGGUCAAGCUGGUCAAAAGGGCUAUGCUCAAUGAGAUCGUCCAGGGGACGACGCGAUCAAUCGGGGAAGGAAAAAAAGACCACGCAGGAGGAGAACACGGGGACGACUGCGGAGAAGCGCAGGGAGGUGAGUCACCCGAAGAGCGGAAACACAGUCGCGCCAGCCAACAUAUCCAAAACGACCUCACGGAACAAAAUACCUUCAUGAACACCAAAGGAAACCUCCUCAUAGAAGCCGAAAGACGAAUCGACGAGACAUUCGACUACUUCCUCUCCGUCAUUCUCUCAUUUGAACGCAUUUGCUUAUAUAAUUUGAGGAAAAACAAAUUAAGCAAUUUUGAUGAGAAGCUACAUGACGACGAGUUACACAUAGGAGAGAGCAGCAAAAAAUCAUCCAUUAAGGAAAUUACCGACAUGAAUAAAGACAUAUCAACAUAUAAAAAACUUGAAAUUUUUAUGACCGAAAAUACAGUACAAAUAAAAAUUGAGCAUAGUACUUAUGAACUGAAUGGGCAUGGAGACUCCAAUCAGAGAGACUACUCCAGUUUGCUCAAAAUAAAAAAUGCCCUCGAUAACAUUAAAAAUGUUAUUCCAAUGGAAGAAAUAGAAAAAUUAUAUGAAGAUACCAAUUUGAGAGAAAUUAUGUUGUGUGUGAACAAAGAAGAUUUUCCACUUUUUAAAUUUUUAAAUUCAUAUCAAGCAAAUUUUAUUGUUAAUAAUUAUGGACAGGCAAUUGCAAAGUACUACGAAUGCUUAACAAUAAUACAUGAACAGUUAAUAAAAUCAACGGGCGGAAAUAAGAAGAAGGCAUCCGGGAAUGGAAACAAACAACGUGGAGGAAGCCUACUAGAUGAAGAUGAUAAAAUGAUGGAAAAGAUUUGGAACCACAUGGAACAAUAUCUCUCUUGUGAAAAAUUAUAUGCAGACACAGAACGAACUCUUCUUGUGCUAAUGAAAUUUUUAUUUUCCAUAUACUCAGCUAGCCAUUUGAAAAAAUUUUCGCUUGGAAAUAAAAAAAAUUUUGGAGACAUCAUUGAAGAAAUGCCCAUGCUGCACACAGGAAUUCGAUAUGCCGAUAUUUUAAAGCAGAAUAUUGAUGAAUUGAAUAAAUUAAAAAAUAAUGAUGAAAUUUUUAUUAACAUUUUACAGAUAAUUAAAAAUGUCAAGUCUUUUUGUCUCGCUUGUCAUUAUGCAAUGGUUGGGAAAAAUGCAGAGGCCCACGUCCUCUUUGAUUUAGUUAAAACGAGAAAUUAUGUGUUUACAAAAUUGCAACAAAUUAAAAUGAUACACAAUGAAGCUUUGUUACGAAUUACAAUUUUCUUUAAUCGACUACAGGAUGUCAUUUCGCUGGUCAAUGAGAUAUAUUACUUCCGCCAUUUGUCCAUAUACGCGUUGCAGGUGAAAACCAAAUGCGUGCCAUCCGAUCAGAAAUUAUUUUCUGUGGACAAUUCCUUUUUUGAACAAAAAAUGACACAAAUGUGCAUGGACCCUCUGCGUAUCGACAUGAUGCAGUUGUGUCGCGACUCCGUUUUGCUCAACCCAGACGCACACAAGGAGGAAGAAAAGGCCUCCGGGAUUAGGGGCCUCCUUCGCUCCUUCUGGAAAUAA